AUGCAUGCACACGAGGAUCCCCGGCCACCGUACUGCACGCACACGCCACGCACACGCAAUGGACACGCCAGGACACGGCCAGGACACGGCCAGGACACGCCACGCACACGCCAUGGACACGCCACGCACACGCCAGGACACGCCAUAGACACGGCGAGAACACAGCCAAGACACGCCACGGACACGGCGAGAACACGGCCAGGACACGCCGAGAACACGGCCAGGACACGCCGAGAACACGGCCAGGACACGCCGAGAACACGGCCAGGACACGCCACGGACACGGCGAGAAUCUGA